CAAGUCGUGCGUGCAGAGGUGCAAAAAUUUACGUUAAGAGCCACGAAAACUAACCAAUUAAUUUAAUAAAAAAGAAUCAACAAGCAGACGCGCUGCUAAACUUAACGUGCAUGUGGAUGAUAGAUAUAUCCUCCGCUCAAUAUGCUACAAUGCGACGCGCUAUCCACUAUUCAACUGUAAAAAGACGGCAACAGUGAAAAAGAGCGAGAGAAGCAGCGAAGCAAAAGCAAAAAAAAAAAAGUGCAUACAGGAGUGGCUGCUGUGUCGGAGCAAGUAUAAAACGAAAAAAAAAUAUUGAAAUUGCCAAAUCAAAGCAGGCACACACACACACACAGAAACACAAGCGAUCUUGUCAAAUUCAAUUAACAUUUGAGAAAACCUAACGAACAAAAUAAUUACUACGUACGAAGAAAAUUUAAACAACGCCCCAAAACAAACACAACAAAAAUUAACUACGAGGAGAACAACAACGAAAGUUAAAUGCAUACAGAAACAACAAGAACAACAACAACAACGCAGUUACAUUCCAGUGGAAAGUAGUAGAAGAAGAGGAAUAUGUUUUUAACCAGCAUAAAACAGCAUCAAAUUCUGAGCGAGCACAUUUUUCUGUGAAAAACGAACGCCCAAAAGAAAAGUGUUGCCCACACACACACGCACGCACACAUACACGCACGCAUACGCAUACAGCCAAAAAAUCACACACACACAUCUAUACAUAGACAAAAUGUCCAGCUGGGCUGAACGCGUUCAUCGACGUGCCGCCGAUUUGGGCAACGUUGUCACAUCCUGCGGCCAUCCAGCAACAGCGCCCGCCUAUCCCUACCGCCUCGAGAAGGUGAAAUUUGGUGUGCCUCUCGAGGAGGUCUGCAAACACAACAACAACAUUCCGGGACCGUUGCUCGUGCUGAUCCUGAAGCUGAACAAGGAGUCACCGAAUCGACGCGAUGUUUUUCGUGCACCCGGGCAUCAGGGGGCCAUGAAGAAACUCAUCCAUUUCCUGCAGGCGGGCAGAUUGGUCAAUGUGGACAACUAUUCGGUGUUCACCAUUGCCAGCGUUCUGAAGAAAUUCCUGCGCAAAAUACCCAACGGCAUCUUUGGACGCAUGGGCGAAAUGGAACUCUUUGCCAUCAACGAGCUGCAGAACGAAGCCGAGCAAACGGACCGUUUACACAGAUUGUUUGCAUCACUGCCCAAGUAUACGCAACAUCUUUUAGUUUUACUCUUUGGCACAUUCCGCGUUAUCGCCAGCAAUGCGGCCCACGCAUCCACAGGCAUGACCAGCGAGGCUCUGGGCGUUUCUGUAGCGCCCAGUUUCUUUCAAUCCUGCGUCAGCGAUGGCAAAACAGCUCGCAUGGAGGAUGUGCUCAAAUUUAAGGUGUCCACUAAGAUCAUGCAGCACAUAAUCGAUAAGUUUGCCACACAUGACAUCUUUGGGCGCGACAACUAUGAAUACUAUGCCCGCGUCACGGGACGCAUCCUCAAGGUGCAGGACGAAUGGAUUUGCAGUUUUCAAUAUCCGCCGCCGCCGCGCGGCAAGUUGGCGCAACAAAAAUACGCAUUGCAACAUUCUUUGGAGGCCGAAAAGACCUGGUUGCAGUGCCAAUGCGAGCGUUGGGGCUUACUGGCCCAGGAGGAAUCUCGCUCGACGCCCGCUUUGCUGACCAGCUCCAGUUCGGCGCUGGAGAACAGCGUGCUGUCGCUGGGCGUAUCGCCGGAGCACUCCUUCAUCGAGAGCUGUGCCCGUCUCUCUGUUUCGCUGGAGGGACCCGGCAUCUUUGCCAUGACCAGCUCACCGCUGCCAGCCAAGCGCAAUGGCAGUGGCAAUGGUAAUGGCAAUGGCACCGACUAUGACUACGAUGACUAUGCGGACGAUGAUGAGGAUAAUGAUGAGCUGGCUCAUGACUUUGCCGCCGAUCUAGAGCUGAGCAGCAUUGCGCCAGCAACGCCAGCACAUCAGCAGCAACAGCAGCAGCUGCAACAAUUGCGUGGCUUGCAGCGCUAUAGGCAGCGACAUCAGCAUCAACAGCAACAACAGUUCUCGGGCACAACACACAACUCACAGGAGGACGACGAGGAUGAGGACGAUGAUGAGGAUGAUGAGCUGACCACAGUGAAGCGUCGCUAUCGACAAAACAAAAAGAAACCGCUGUCCAGUGGUCAUCAUCAGCGACGCUUGCGCACCGGCACCAAAAGUCUCGAUGGCGGCGGCGAGCAGCGACGUGGCAGCAACACAACAGCCACACUUGCUGCGGACACAGCAGCAACAACUGCAGCAGCAGCAGCAACAGCUGCGGCAACAGGCAGCAGCAAUGGCGGCAAGCUGAAGCAGCAGCAUCGCACCUGCAGUCGUUGCAAUCGCGGCAUACGCCACAGCAGCUCGUGCAGCUCGAAUUCGGGCGGUGCCGUUGGCUCCAAUGGGGGCGGCGUCGGCGGCGUUGGCAGUGGUAACAAUGGAGCCAACUCAGGAGGCAUGACCAUGGAGGAGCUGCGGGCCGUCAAUCGCUAUGCGGAGAGCACCAAGAGUCUCUCGUAUUUGCCACAGGUCCAUGAACGCCAAACCGCACGCAUGCGCACCCGCUCCGAGUGGUUCCUGGGGCCACGGGACGCGGUCGUCUCGCUGCAGCUGCCGGCGGAUACGUGCAGCAACUGCUGCUUGGCAGCGGCCGCUGCUGCCGCCGCUGGCUACUUGGGUGGCGGCAGCACACGCGACAUGCGGCAAACUGUUGCCGGCGUCGGUGGAGCUGCUGAAAUCGAUGCGGAGCGUAGCCAGGCGGCGCUGCUCUAUCACUUCUAUCGCCGGCAGCAGCGGGAACGUGAACUGGAGCGGGAACAGCAUUUGGACGACAUGAUGGACACCGAGGACAGCUACAGCUCUAGUCGUCAGCAGCAACAGCAACAGCAGCAGCAUCAACAACAUCAACAACAACAACAGAAGCAACACAUACAUUCCAAGGGUCUGCUGAGGCCGCCGCAGCAACAUCAACAACGUCGCCUGCUGCUGGACUCCAAUUCGGUUGGCAACAUCCGUUUAAGUAACAGCGCCGAGUCCAUACAAUAUGCCACACGUCGCCCCAACAUCAUCAGCAAUCCCAACACCAGCAGCAAUCCAAACAGCAGCAACAACAACAACAACACACGCCGCCUGCUCAUCAAUGUGCCACGCCAAUAUCCGUUGCGCUCCUCGCUGCGUCGCCAUAAGGAGAAACAGAUCGGCGGCAGUCAGAGCAACAGCAGCAACAGCAUCAGUAACGAGCAGUUGACUAGCAAUCCGACAACGGCAGCAACAGUUGCUGCUGGUGGCGCCACACCGCUGAACAAGCCGCUGUUGCUGGUGGGUCUGUUGCCGGGUGCGGAGCAGCCGCCAUCUGUGCGCAAUUCCAUUGCGGACUGCGGCAGUCUUGACUAUGACAGCAUGGACACCAUGGAGCACCAGCUGAGCGUGGAGUGCAGCACAUCGUUGAGCUUCAAGGCGCCGCGGCUGUAACAGCAGCAGCAGCAGCCGCAGGAGGCAAGCGAUGCAGGCUCAGGCAACAUUUCAACAACAACAGAUAUACAUACAUAAUUAAGUAAUUAUUAAAUUGA